CUGACCCUCUACUUUAGUCAAACCUCUUUGGCUUCUCCCUUCUCUACAUUUAUGGUCAUAGAUAUUCUAUGCCUGUGAUAGUGUAACUUUGUGAGCACGAUGGAAGAAUUACAGAAGAAAAUGCAGUCCGAGGUUGAUGCUUAUAAACAAUUGCAAAGAGAUUAUCACAAGGCUUUGAUCAGCCGACAACAGCUUGAUGGUCAAUUAAACGAAAAUUCGACGGUCAAGGAAGAGCUCAGUCUUCUUAAACCUGGGAAUGAGGUUUUUAAAUUGAUCGGACCAGUUUUGAUUAAACAAGACUUGGAAGAAGCUAGGCAGAAUGUUAAUAAACGAAUUGAAUUCAUUACUAAUGAAUUGAAACGAACAGAGACAUUGAUAGCCGAUCUCGAUUCGAAGCAAGAAAAACACCGGGAGACCCUCGACAAACUCCAGCAGAUGUUCCAACAGGCCCACCAAAAAUCCGCCCUCAAAGCUUAGAAGCUCAUUUGAUUUCCAUAAGUUCCUCCAAACCAGAACAAAACCACUAAAAUAUCUAGACAAUUAAGUUAAAACCUGGAGUAUAAUAACGAUGCAAUAAAGAUUAUUUAUGCAUUACGAAA